AUGCGUCCGUACAGGACUAGAGCGGCAAAAGCACCCCGCAUCGUAUACAAAGACUAUUCUGAUGAUGACGACGAGAAAGACGCGGCUAGCGCGAGUUCGGAGGAAGAUGAGUCUGAUUUUAAAGACUCUGGCGCAAGUUCGAGCUCGAGCUUAAGCGAUGUUGACCGGCACGAGCGAGCUAUCUUCGCCAUAAAGGAUUCAGAUUUAGGGGAUAAGCAAGAUGCCAAUUUUUUUACUGAUCCGAAGCGCAUGGGCGUGAAGCAAGAAGAUGUGCCCGCGCUUGGUCUAUUGAGCUCUGACCACGACGAUUGUCCCAAGCGGCGGUCGAAGAUGAUUCAAGAUUCGCAGUCGUCGCAUCUCAGAACUGAUGACAGUACGAGAAUGCUAGAUCAAUGCUCACAUAAUGUGCCUGCGAAGCGUGCACAGGCCGCCUCUGACACAGACAGCGACACGCCACUUGCCCAGCUUGUUUGCCACAAAAAACAAGAAAAGCCUAAACUCACUCGCUUUCAACGGUCUCUUGCUCAAUUAAACCGCAUGCAUCCCGAGCUUAUCGCUGUUUGGGAUACUCUUCAGACACUGCGGCGCGACAAGACAAAGCAGGCACCGCGUGCUGAGCAGCCCGAGGGAGUCUCUAUCUCGCUUCUUCCUUUUCAACUUGAGGGUUUGUAUUGGCUGCAGCACCAGGAGGAGGGAGUAUGGCGUGGCGGACUUUUGGCAGACGAAAUGGGCAUGGGAAAGACGAUCCAGAUGAUCAGCCUUCUUGUUGCUGAUCCAAAGCGGCCAAGUCUCGUCGUUGCUCCGACGGUAGCUAUUCUCCAGUGGCGUAACGAAAUGCAGAAGUACGCUCCCGGUCUUCGUGUUGUGGUUUGGCAUGGGGCACAGCGAUCCAGAGACAGAGACACCCUCAGUACUGUGGACGUAGUUCUGACUUCGUACGCUGUUCUGGAAAGCACAUUUCGUCGUGACCGCUAUGGUGUCACGCGCAAUGGCCGACAUGUGCGUGAGCAAAGCUUGUUGCAUGCAAUGAAAUGGCGACGAAUUAUUCUUGAUGAAGCGCAUCACAUCAAAGAGCGCACUUCCAACACGGCACGCAGCGCCUUUGCACUACAGAGCGACUUUAAAUGGUGCCUAAGUGGUACGCCACUUCAAAACCGCGUUGGCGAACUGUAUACAAUGGUUCGCUUUUUGGGUGGUGAUCCGUUCGCUUUUUACUACUGUCGGCAAUGCUCGUGCAAGUCGGCAUCGUGGGAGUUUCAUAAUAAUAGCUACUGUGUCCACUGUGGCCACAAACCAAUGGUUCACUUGAGUUUCUGGAACUUUAUGAUUCUUCGUCCUAUUCAGCGAGAUGGAACUGAAGAAGGCGAAGGCGAGGAGGCGUUCGCUAGGCUUCGUCUCCUGCUUGAUUGUAUCAUGCUUCGCCGCACGAAGCUGGAGCGAGCAGAUGACAUGGGGCUGCCGCCGCGCACAAUCGAAGUGCGUCGUGACUACUUCAGUCCUGAAGAAGAGGACCUGUAUCGUAGCCUGUACUCUUCGACGACGCGCAAGUUUAGCACAUUUCUUGAUCAAGGCACUGUACUGAACAAUUACAGCAACAUUUUUACUCUUCUAACGCGCAUGCGUCAGAUGUCAAAUCACCCGGACCUAGUCCUUCGUUCGGCAACGCGGUCGAAUGUGGAUUUGCUCGGCGACGUUGAUCAGGUCAAUGUAUGCAAGCUGUGCUUGGAGGAAGCAGAGGAUGCCAUUCUAUCCCAAUGCCGCCAUGUGUUUUGUCGGGCAUGUAUGCAGCAGUAUCUUAAUAGCUUUGAGGGUGAUCAAGACCCAAGCUUCAGGCGUGACACCCAAGAUGAGCCAGACUGCCCAUACUGCCAUGCUGUUUUGUCCGUGGAUCUCGAUGCACCGGCUCUUGAGCCGCCACAGCCAUUGGCCGUACAUGGUGAUCCGAAGCGCCAAGGCAUUCUGUCGCGAUUGGAUCUUGCUAAUUGGCAUUCCAGUACCAAAAUUGAGGCUUUGGUGGAAGAGCUCACACACCUUCGAGAACAGCCGGACCGAACGAUCAAAAGUCUCGUGUUCAGUCAGUUUGUUAACUUCCUGGACCUCAUAGCUUUUCGGCUUCAGCGUGCAGGAUUCCGAAUUUGCCGUCUUGAGGGAAAUAUGACCCCCGAUGCUCGUGACCGGACGAUCCGUCUUUUUAUGGAAAAUCCAGGGAUCACGGUGUUUCUUGUCUCGCUUAAGGCUGGCGGUGUUGCACUGAACCUCACAGAAGCAUCUCGCGUGUACCUUAUGGAUCCAUGGUGGAACCCUGCUGUCGAAGUGCAGGCCAUGGACCGGAUUCAUCGACUAGGACAGCAUCGACCGAUUGUGGUGAAGCGCAUGAUCAUUGAGAACAGCAUUGAAAGUCGUAUUAUUGAGUUGCAAAACAAAAAAAGUGCUAUGGUUGAUGCAGCUCUUGGGAAUGACGACUCUGCGAUGGGCCGUCUCAGUGUCGAUGAUCUGCGUUUCUUGUUUACCAUGUGA